AUGGAGGCGUGGACAAUACACGUAUUUUUUGGCGGACAAAGCAGCUGCAAAUGAAAGAGCUCAGCAGUGCCCUUCAAAGCGCGCUGAAAUCUUUUGAAUUUGUAAACAUACCGCGACCCUCGUAAGCCCAAUGCCCGGGCUCUGCACAAAUACACCUGAUCAUCCCCUGCCCAGCUAAACGGUCUGCUAACACACUCGGAUGGACGAACAGCAACUGGUAAGCUUGCAUUUAUCUUUUUUUGACUCUAUGUGCCUUAAAAAAGCGAUGCUUUUCGUUUACUGCUAGCACUGCUUGCUUGUAAGCUGUCAGUUACGUUACAUUACAAACCCUUGCCUGUACACGCUGAACGUCGUUUAUUUAACUUACAUUUCUGACAGCUGCUAAAGAAGUGACGCUUUUCAAACAAAUCCAGUGAAACUGAAAUACAGCUUUUGUUAUCAAAUCCCUUUAGGAUUAAAGAGUAGGUACCUUCUGAACUCCUCGUAGCAGCACAAAAUGAACGGAAAAGUCCUCCCAGACACUCCUAUAGCUGUAGACUGCUGGCAGCUCCGUAAGUGCCAUCACGUGCGUCUGUUCUUCUUGUCUCACAUGCACGCGGAUCACACCACUGGCCUCUCAUCCACCUGGAGUCACAGGCCUAUAUACUGCUCACCUCUCACUGCCAAACUGCUCCAGCUCAAACUUAAGGUCAAGGAGAAAUGGAUUCGUCCAUUGGAGAUUGGGGAAGCUCACAUGCUGUUGCUUGAUGAUCUUGGAAAAGAACGACUGACUGUUACUCUAAUAGAUGCCAAUCACUGUCCUGGGGCAGUUAUGUUUCUCUUUGAGGGAUACUUUGGCACCAGACUGUACACUGGUGAUUUCCGUUAUACUCCAUCUAUGCUUAGAGAGCAAUGUCUGAGGAACACCACAACCAUUGAUGUGCUGUAUCUGGACAAUACAAACUGUGACCCCACUCGAGCCAUACCUUCUCGUCAACAAGCCACACAGCAAAUUAAAGAGAUCAUUAGGACUCAUCCUGGAUAUGCUGUGGUUAUUGGUCUUUACUCUCUGGGUAAAGAGUCUCUGUUGGUGGAGCUGGCUAUCGAGUUUAAAACAUGGGUGGAGGUGGAUAGAGAGCGUCUGGAAACCUUGCGUGUUCUGGAGCUCCCGGAUGUUUUCACCACUGACUCUGGUUCGGGCCGCAUACGUGUGGUCGCUCAGUCUAUGAUCAAUGCUUCCAACCUGCAUGCGUGGAAUAAAGUCCAGCCUACCAUCGCUAUACUGCCCACCAGCCGCCCUAGGGUCUCCUGUCACACUAAUGUCUAUGUGGUGCCUUACUCUGACCAUUCUUCCUACCAGGAGCUGGAGGACUUUGUGUCAGCCCUGUGUCCUAUCUCACUGGUGCCCAUUGUAGGCAACUGUCUGCCUUAUUUUUCUUCUCUUCUAAACCCUAGCAGGAAAAAGCCCAAAGAGGUGGUGAUUCCAGAGUCGGUCAAGCACUACAUGAUGACCAAUUCUAAUAUUCAGACCUCCUCAAAUGGCAUAACAAACAUGCUUCAAACAGCCUUGCGCCCAGAGUCUCGUGGGGUGGUGUUCGAAUCUCCAGAGUCAAAAAUAAGCCGACUUAGUCAUGAUGAUGGAGAUUCUGACUGCAUUCUUCAAGACAUGAGCACAAACUCCUUCUCUCGAGAGAACGGCCCACACAACAAGCAUUUGAAACCCAUCAAAGUUGCAUCAGAAGAUGUCAUCGCAGUUGGCAGCAGCCUUCCUUCAGAUGACAACCAAUCUAUUAGUACACUUACACAUGUAAGAUCACCUGACCGCAGCUCUGUGUACGUAUGUGAGCAUGCAAGUCCAACCAAAUCAUCCAAGGAGAAGAGUCCUCGAAUGGGCAGCACCAAUUAUAGAGAGAGGUGUUGUUCGAUGGAUAGCAUCAGUAUGCAUGACCAGACCUGUGUUACCGGUGCACUUACACCCCCUGAAACACAAUCUGUGACCUCCACCUUGACCUUCAUGUUACAGCGAGAGCAGAUUGAGCAGUUGCUCCUUGAGAACUUCACCAUACCUGCUGAACAGCUCAAAGGUGAUCAGGUAUCACGGGGACUUUGUGAAGAGAAUCGCCUUACUCCGAUUGAUCUUCCUAAUCUGGCAGGUGAUCCUCUUGAAGCAGCUAUAAAGACAUUCACAUCUAAAUGUGAUUAUGCAAGCGCUUCCAGUAUGUGGUAAUGCUUAUGUGAACGUUUAUUUAACAUGUAUCAUUGUAUUUUAGAUGUUAACAGUAUUGUGGUUAAGUCUCCAAAUCAUUAGCACUGUGCCAAGUACUAAUUCUUUUCCACAUUGUCAUUCUGCUUUUCUUUAAGCCAAAAACUAUUGAUGACAUCAAUAUGAUGGUAUUAUUUUCAUUAUGUUGAUGCUGAGGUUCAACAUGUUUUGCAUGCAUUUGUUAUCUUACGUAGCAUCACACAGCAGCUUAUUGUAUAGAUUUGUUUUCACAUGGGGAAAAGAUCCUAUUAAAAGUGUUUCUUGUUC